ACGGUAACGUGGCUGGAGCGUCGUAAAUGAGCUGCAACUGUCGUUACUCUCGGAGCUAGCACAAGCUAAACUGCGCAAUUUCACGCAAGAUGUCGACUAACGGGAACAUUAGAACAGUCACCGCGUAGUUAGUUCUCUCUUUGAUCAAAUCGUUCGAAAGCCGCGGGGGGAACAACAGCUUCUCGUCUGCGCUACAGAGACUUUUUUUUAAUCUUCAAAAUGAACCGACUGUUAGCUUCCAGGCUAACGGAGCAACACAGCGGUGCGAGUGUUUGCUAGCGAGCUAGUCGACCUGUGGAUGAAGUGAACUCACUGACAGGAAACAUGGCCGAGUCGCCCCCUCUGUCGGGGGUUAACGUUGUUCUGGUCAUGGCCUAUGGGAGUCUGGUGUUUGUGUUGUUGUUUAUCUUCGUCAAGAGGCAAAUCAUGCGGUUUGCAAUGAGGUCCCGGCGGGGACCCCACGCGCCCAUCGGCCACAAUGCCCCCAAGGGUCUGAGGGAGGAGAUCGACUCCAGACUCUCCAAAGUGCAGGAGAUCUGCUUCGAACCUCGUCUCCUGUCAGAGGAAGAUGACAGACUGAAGCAGGGGCUUCAGAUUAGUUGCUACAACUACCUGUACAGAAUGAAAGCUCUGGAUGCCAUCCGUGACUCAGGAAUUCCUCUGCAGGAGAUAAGCUGCAGUCCCAGUGCGUUUACAGGACGCAACUUCAGGAACUGGCUGCUAGAGUUGCGCAACUCCCACUCCUUGAUAAAGAGCAGCCACAGUUCGCUCAUUGAGCGCUUGCUCGAGGGCUACGACAGCGCUCGCCACGGAACUGGGGUGUUCGGGGAAGCCGAGUUUCUUGAAUAUCAGCAGGCUCUCGACGAACUCGCUGAUGUGGUGAAGGCCUAUUCCAGCACCACCAGUCUGGACCAGCAUCAUCAGUCGGCAGCCAAGGACCUGACGGGGUCUCCUGUCCGCAGCACCCCCUCCACCAUCCAGGUCACCUACCUGCCCUCAACCGGGCAGCGCAGCAAGAGGCCCAAACACUUUCUGGAGCUCAAAAGUUUCAAAGACAAUUACAACACGCUGGAGAGCACGCUGUGACACGCUGCAACAUGCUGCCGUCACGCUGCCGUCACGCUGCCGUCACGCUGCCGUCACGUACUGACAGAAAACGUUGGUGUGGUGUGUGAGCAUGUGCGCUCAAUAGUGACACAGCCUACUGGGAAACUUAGUUUUCAAAUGUUGAAAACCUCCCUACGAUGGUCAGAAUGACAAAUGACUUGUGUGUUUUCAUACAUAUUUUAGUAAAUAAUUUAAAGGAAUUAUCUAGAAAAAGAUUUCCCAAGUCAAACAAUUGUUCAAACCUUAAAGUCAAAAGAUUUUUUCCUCAUUAUGAUGAUGCACUGAUGUUGCACCAAAGCCUUUUACUUUGUGUUCAGAGGACAAACAUGAUUGUAGCUCACAUGGCAAGAUUUUCAUUGUCAUUUUUGUAGAAACAGCAAAGUCAAUUACAAAUCACCUGGAUUCACUUGUAUUUUUCAUCAACAGUCCAAAUGUAAAUAUACAUAUGUACCAUUUGAUUUGCUGUGUUUGUAGAAAUGUCAAAUAUUUAUAUGGACGGUUAUGAUGUAUUUAACGGAUACUGUGUGAUUUUUGUAUUUAUGUGAGGUUGUACUUUGUGGUUUGAGAUAAAAAAAAACAAACAUUGAA